AUGGCGAUGGGAUUGAAACCUGCUCCUGAUGUUGCUCAAUACUACAUUGAGAAAACAUUGCAUGGGUUAAAAGAGCAAGGUGUUGAAGUCUACAUCGACGAUGUUGGACUCUUUUCGAAUUCUUAUAAAGAACACAUGCAAUUGAUCAAGGCAGUGGUCGAGCGUCUACAGGAAGCUGGCUUCAAAAUCAAUCCUUUGAAGUGUGAAUGAUCUUUUGUCUGGACCAACGAAUGUAAUACUGCAUUCAAGACUAUGCAGUCUUUGAUGGCUAGCGAUAUUUUAAUGCGCUAUCCAGAUCACAACAAGCCCUUUGAACUCUACACUGAUGCUUCUGACUAUCAGAUGGGCGCAGUGAUCAUGCAAGACAAGAAGCUGGUUGCGUAUUGGAGUCGUAAACUCAAUGAUGCAAAAAAAAACUAUUCUGUAAUGGAAAAGGAAAUGUUGGCUAUUGUGCAUUGCUUGAAAGAGUUUUGA